AUCAAGCCUGCACUUCGAGAACAAAUGCAACGGUCGACACUAUCAACUUUCCCGACAUCCAAACGAACAUUCACAAUGGGUGAGCCUAGUUUGCCUGAUUUCAUGAUAUCUCGAGUGCCUACGGCCAACAAUUGGGAGAAUACUAUACCGGCAUACCAAGAUCAAGAUGAGAAAAGCGGUUUUCACCGUCUAUGUCGCUUCUCCCCACAUCGCUACUCAACAAGUGAAUUGACUGCCUUUGACCUGAAGCCUCCGCCACCAACAAAAUCUGAUCCUCAUUGCGAAAUCGUCGCCGAACGCCUUUUCUCAGCGGAUCACUUACAGGUCAUCCUCAAAGAUCCAGCAUAUUUUCAACGCUUUCGAGGAUUUCUCGCUAAAUAUCAACCACAAUCCGUUCCAACUUUGACUCACUAUCUCGAAUCCCAGAAAGCAUUGACAGCCAUACGAUAUGCCAAUGCUAUAGCCGGACAGCUAUCUUCGUUUUCGUGGAACUCUUCGGAUAUUCCCAGUCCUGGGGCCGCGGGAAUGAUCGAUAAACAAUUUGAGGCGUCUUCAAAAAACGCUCUGGACGAACUUGUCGCUGAUGCAUUACCCACGUUCAUCACUCAUCGCGUAGUAACAUUGGUCACGGAAUGUCUUGUGAAGGAGAUUACAGGCAGUAGCACCCCUCUCAUGCGGGAGUUUAUUCACGGUCUCGCAGAGGUGUACUGUUUGACCGACGCUAGGCAACCAGACAAUCCCACUGUCUUUGCAUCGGAAGAAUUUUACAGUACUACGCAGUACGGUCGCGAAUACGUCAUUGGGAAGAACUGUCGCUUCCUCCAAGGGCCAAAGACUCAAAAAGCAGCACUGAAGAGAAUAGCAGAUGCUAUACACAAUGGGCAAGAAGCCAACGAGAUUUUAUUGAACUAUCGUCGGGACGGAAGCCCAUUUUUGAAUUUGCUCAUGGUUUCGCCGUUAAUGGAUUCGCGGGGCCAGGUUCGUUAUUAUAUCGGUGCCCACGUCGAUGUCAGUCACUUGCUCGAGGCAGGGAGGGGACUCGAUUCUUUCCGGCAACUCCUCGAUCUUGACACCGAUACUUUAGGUACACCCACUCGCUCGGGGUCGCAUAUUGACCAGAAAAGAUCCCUGUCGCUUCUCCAUGAUCUGAGCAGUCUGUUAAACGAAGAUGAAGCAGAUACUGUGAAAACACGGGAGCGCGAAACACAUAUGUAUGGGUUCGGUCGACCAGAAUCUAUGAUUUCUAUUCCAGGACGGGUUGCUAGCGACAGCCGGCGAUUCGUUGGCAUGGAGGAAAACGAGGAAACACAUUGGUCGUCGGGCGACAUUGGUACGGGCAGAAGAGUACCAGGCGUUUAUCAAAAUUACAUUCUCGUUCGACCAUACCCUUCCCUUCGUAUAACCUUUACUUCACCAUCGCUGCGUAUUCCCGGCCUUUGCCAGUCUAAGCUCAUGGACAGGAUUGGUGGCCCCCAGCAUGUCCGCGAAGGCGUUCUUCGAGCACUCGCCCAAGGAAUCGGUGUCACAGCGAAAAUAUCUUGGCUGACUCAAACUCAACGCUCUACUCCUACCCCCAAUUUCCCUAUGACAGAAGAAGACGCCUCGAUACGCACAGAAGAGUCUGAGUCGCUUUAUGAGGGACGACCCCGUUGCAUACAUUGUACACCCCUCAUGGGGUCUGACAUGAAACCGGGAGUUAUAAUGAUAGUCAUGGUGGAUAAAGAAGAGAUCACGGGAACCCUUGCACCUCCUAGUGCAUCACCCUUACGCCCUGUGCGUAGCCGCCAGAGGCUCCCUCGCCGCCCUUCCGAACGACCCUCGAACGACACCUGGCCUGUACGUAACGCUGAGAUAGUACCACUUGCUGCCGAAAUAUCGGCGACUACUGCGAGUAAAAAUCCGUAUGCCGGGUGUUUGAUGAAAGAAGCCAGUGGGAUGCCAGCUGCAGAAGCGGACGCCAUUCCGGGAAUUGAAACUACAGCAAACUCUACGCGGCACACCACAGCAUCAACGAAUGAAACCAAAUCGACGCGCAGUACCUUGACGCGUAGACGCAAAAGUUCAGGGUCUUUCUGCUCUAGAGGCAACGGUCUGCAAGUGACGAGCGGGCAUGCUACCAAUGCUGCUGCGCCAAGAGAAGGAAUGAGUGGAAUGAGCUUGAUGGUCAAUGAGCGAGAUAGUAGAGACGAAGGUACUUCGAUGCUUGACAGGGAUCAAACCCGAGAGAGUUAUCCAAGUGAAGAUUCUGCGAAAGAGUUCGUCUUCACUGGGGUGGGGGUGGUUCCACCAGAGAGGGUGGAAAGCAAAAAGAUCAGGACUUUUGAAGCGCUGCUCAAAAGGCACAAGAAGUCUCCUUGA